AUGCCUCUGACGAAUCUGCUUGCCGGAAAGACGGCUAUCAUUACUGGAGGCACCACUGGCAUCGGCCGGGCCAUCUGCUUGGAGUAUCUGCGCCAGGGCUGUAGCGUUGCCGUCAGCCAUCUAGACUUGCCAAAGGACAAGCCUCAUUUGGACUCUCUCAUCUCAGAAGCCGAAUCCAUAAAAGCCGCCAACUCCUCAGCCGGCAGCUUCGCACAUAUCCAAGGUGAUGUGUCAGAUCCGGAGUCUGGGACGAAGUUGGUUGUCUUCGCCAUGGAGCAGUUCGGUACGGGCAGGCUAGACGUCUGUGUUAGCAACGCCGGCAUCUGCACUUUUGCCGAGUUCCUAGAUCUGCCCGCCGACUUGUACUCCAAGACGGUGAGGACAAACCUCGACGGUGCUUUCUACACCAUUCAAGCCGCAGCAAGGCAGAUGGCGCUUCACAACUCCCCUCCAGGUGGCUCCAUCAUCGGUAUCUCAUCUAUCUCAGCCCUCGUAGGCGGUGGUGGACAGACACAUUAUACACCGACCAAAGCAGGCGUCCUCAGUCUAAUCCAAAGUACGGCGAUUGCACUAGGCAAGUACAACAUCAGGUGCAACGCCCUGCUACCUGGCACCAUCAGAACCCAGUUGAACGAUGAAGACUUGGCCGACCCAGAGAAGAAGAAGUACAUGGAUGGUCGUAUACCGCUGGGUAGAACUGGUGAGCCAAAGGAUUUGGCUGGACCUGCAGUGUUUCUAGCAUGUGGUGAACUGAGCGGCUAUGUAUCUGGUGCAUCGCUUCUAGUGGAUGGCGGAGCCUUUGUCAACUUUCAGUAA